UGGAAGAAGACUGCAGAACAGAUGGGCAGUCAACUUCAAAUGACUUCAGGGAAUCAUCCCGAAGCCAACGGACAAGCCGAACAAAUGAACAGAGUGGUACAGCACUUGUUGCGGCAUUACAUCAAGCCCAGCCAAGAUGAUUGGGAUGAGCAGUUGCCUCUCAUCGCCAGCUUGUACAACAAUGCUAUUCAUAGUAGUACCGGCGUUAGUCCCAACCAGUUACACUUGGGAUGGAAGCCUAGAUCAGCACUAGACUUUCUCCUACCUGAAAACCGACCUGCUGCAACUCMAGGCACACUUGAAUACGGCGUGCAAUAUGAGAAGUUGCUGAGCGAGGCUGUUGAACAUAUGAAGAAAGCUCAGCAAGCCAUGAUUGCUUCCGAGAAUCAACAUCGCAGACAGUCCACAUUUCAGGUGGGGGAACGUGUCUGGGUCAAGGCUAGUGAGUUAGGACAGGAGUUCGGAAUAUCUCGUAAACUAAUGCCUCAAUACUUUGGUCCCUGGGAAGUCUUGGAUGUAGUGGGAGAUGCAAUGGAUGGUCCUACGUACGUCAUUCGUGUCCCUGGUCAUCUACGCACUCACCCARUUUUUCAUGCCUCAAAGCUUGCACCUUUCGUUGAGACAGAUCAAUUCCCUUCUAGGAGAUCGAUGCUGCCCCCAACCAUGGAUGGUCAAGUUGACAUCGACGAUAUUGUGGAUCACAGGGACAUGCCUGUUCCAAAGCCGCUGGGCCGAGGAAUACCUCCCAAGCCCAAAAGAGAGUACCGCGUCAGAUUCAGGCAUCACAUGGAUCCAAGAGAAGAUCGUUGGUUUACCAGGGAGGAACUGAUUGACACAGCUCCUCAGGUGGUGGCAGACUAUGAGAAGAAACUGAAAGGGAARGCGCCUGCGAAAUGCAAGUGUGCUGCGCUAAUGCAGAGCAGCGCUGCGCUAAUGCAGAGCAGCGCUGCGCUAAGAAGAAGCAGGGCAGCACUAGGCGGUAGGGCGCUGCCUGCUUGCAGAGCACUGGUGGCCAUAGCCGGGCCGCAAGAGGGUGCAGGGGAGGCCACGUCAGCAGGCCACGUUAGCAGGCCAUGUCAGCAGGCCACGUCAGCAGGCCAUGUCUGCAGUGACACGUCAGCGACACGUCAGCCGACAGCACCUCGACAGCAGCCGAACAGUGCCACGUCAGCAGCAGUACCACGUCAGCAGCUCCCCAGCCUGGUUAUGCUCACGCGGUCGUGGUCAGCCGGCAUGGACCAGAUGGCCGGAGAGUCAGCCGAGGCCUAUCAGACCCGGAUGCUGACUAUGAUGAAUGAAGCCAGGCAAUGGGCAGAAGCGGCAGCAGCUGCAGAGAAGAAGAGGAGGGAUGAGGCGGAGAAGGCAUGUCUGCUGGCAAUCGAACAGAAGCGCCAGCAGGACGAGGCAGCAGCAAUGGCUGCCGAUGAGGAACGAUGUCUUCGCCGCGAGAAGGUGUUCAACGAAGAACAAGCACUACUCACAAUGGCCAAGGAUUGGCGUUCGGAAGCGGAAACGGGAGAGCUUGCGGACAGCGGACAAAAGAUUGCGCUGUUGCUCUCCCACUUCACGGACCUCCUGGCGACGUGCAUUGCACAACAGGAGGACAUCCGUGAACUCCACGACACGGUCACCGACAACACCGGCCGCCUACAGCAGCUGGAGCAACGACCAGUCACCGCCGCCGCUGCCGCCAGCUCCUCCAACCAUGCGGAUCGGCUUGAUACUUUGGAGAUCGACGUCGGGCAACUCAAAACCGACGUCGGCCCAUUGAAGGUCAGCGUCGGACAACUCAAGAGCGACGUAGUCCCACUCUUACUCGACGUUGGGACACUCAGGGACAGCAUGCAGCAACAGCAAGCUACCACACAGCAGCUGGAGCAGCGGAUCUGCGCAGCGGAAGCCAGUCCUAGUGCGACACCGCGCGAGACCAUCCCAAAGUUUGAUGGGCAGCCGAUCUUCUGCAAUGCAACGAAGACAGAUCCUAUUCCGUGGUUUCGACAGUUUGAACUCAAGCUGGACAUUCACCACAUCACCGACGCCAACCGGCAUGCGCACUUAUACUCCUGCUCGGGGGGCGUGUGUCAAGCGUGGAUGGACAACAUGCUGUCCACGCAUGGGGUUGCAGCAACUGACUUGCACACCAAGAUCAGCUGGCCGGAUCUGAAGACGGCGUGGCACAAGCGGUUCCAAGUCGAGCCGCCAGAACUCCAAGCUAUGGACAAGCUUUUGAAGUUCUACCAGAACACGCUGCCUUCCGGAGACUGGAUUGUCGAGUACCAACGCUUGGCGAGUGUACCAAAGCUACCGAUGGCCUUCGAAGGUCUCAAACACUACUUCAUUACGAGGUCGUGUUCGACAUUGUCAAAUGCCUUGACGCAAGUAUCGAAGACUCUCACCACAAGUGCGGAGCUCUUCGACAAGGCCACGCAGAUCAUUGUAACGAACACGGAGGCCAAAAACCUUGGCCGUUUGUCUGCGGCAGGCCCGGACAGAGAACAGCAUCAGCCUAAGGUGGUCGUGGUUGUAGCGGCAACGCCAACCGACUCGUCAAGCGAGGCUGCGUCUGCCGAUGAGGGAGACAGACUCGCAGCCGCCCAGGAUGGUGGCCGCCCCGGCAAAGGCCGAGGACGCGGCAGAUCAAAGACACCCACCGUAUCUAACCCCGGGCCCGGCGCAGCAGCUCCAGCCCCUUGGACUCACUUCAACCUUUCCAAACACAUCUACAAGGUUUGCAAGCGGUACAAUUACUGCUUGUGGUGCAACAGCGACCUCCACGAGACGGCCAGCUGUCCGACCAAAGCCAAGGGGAAGAACCAAGUGGGAAACGAGGAGGAGCUCACGAUCCUCCGCGCGCAACUCGACGACUUGUUGGACAAGGGCUGGAUCCGCCCUAGCAGCUCGCCAUAUGGUGCGCCAGUUCUCUUCGUACGGAAGAAGAACAAGGAUCUACGCUUAUGCAUCGACUAUCGCACGCUCAACGCGCAAACCGUCAAGAAUGCGGGGCCUCUUCCUCGCAUCGACGAUCUUCUUGAGCGUUUGGGCGGUGCAAAGUUCUUCUCAAAGAUGGAUUUGAAGUCGGGGUAUCACCAGAUUUCGAUACGCUUGAACGAUCGCUACAAAACCGCGUUCAAGACGCGGUACAGGCAUUUUGAGUGGGUGGUUAUACCUUUUGGCCUCACCAAUGCCCCGACGACCUUUCAAGCGGCAAUGACCAACGAGUUCCGCGCAAUGUUGGACCGGUUCACGCUGGUCAACUUGGACGACAUCCUCGUCUAUAGCCGGACUUUAGAGUAUCAUCUUGAGCACCUCCGACGAGUGUUGGAGACGCUCCGCCGCGCCAAGUACAAGGCCAACCGCGACAAGUGCGAGUUUGUCCGGCAAGAGCUGGAAUACUUGGGCCAUUUUGUCACUCUGGAGGGCAUCAUUCCGUUAUCGGACAAGAUUCAAGUCCUCCAAGAGUGGCCGGAGCCGCGGAACUUUAUGGAUGUCCGUUCGUUCCUUGGACUUGCCGGCUAUUAUCAGCGUUUCAUUAAAGGCUAUUCGAAGAUCGCGGCCAACUUGACCAAGCUUCAAUGCGAGGAUCGGCCGUUCGACUUCGAUGACGAUGCGCGCGGUUCAUUCGUGGCCCUCAAAGCCGCUUUGCUAUCCACGGAGGUCUUGCGCAUCUACGACCCGCUAUUGCCUACGCGCGUCACUACCAAUGCGUCCGGCUAUGGCAUUGGUGUCGUCCUCGAGCAACAUGAUGGCGAGGAUUGGCACCCGGUCGAAUACUUCAGCAAGAAGGUGCCCGUCGUGCACUCCAUCGACGAGGCACGGAAGAAGGAGCUCCUAGCCUUCUUACACCCGCUCAAGCGGUGGCGACACUUUCUUCUUGGUCAAAGUCUGUUCCGAUGGGUAACGGAUAAUAAUCCGUUGGUCUUUUACAAGACCCAAGAUACGGUCAACAACACCAUCGCCCGUUGGAUGGCUUUCAUUGACCAGUUUGACUUUUUCCCUGAUCACAUUCCCGGGAAGUCAAACCGUUUUGCGGAUGCUCUUUCACGACGUGCGGAUCAUUGCGCCGCAAUUUACUUGACGUUCGAGAUCGACGAUGAGUUGCGGGCCAGUUUCAUCCGCGGCUACCAAGCCGACCCCAAAUUUUGCGACAAGUACGCAAAUUGUUCCUCUCCCAAUCCGGCGCCAUCGCACUAUCGGAUCCAAGAGGGAUACUUACUCGUCCACACGUGGGGGAAGGAUCUUCUUUGCGUGCCAAGCGAUUCACACUUGCGUAUGCGGCGUCUUGGCGAGUUCCACGACGCUCCCGCCACCGGACGUUUUGGAGUCAAUCGAACGAUUGGUCGACUUCUCGAGCGUUUUUGGUGGCCCGGUCUUCUCGACGACGUCACACGCUAUUGCGAGUCAUGCGAGGUUUGCCGACAUUGCAAAUCCCGCAAUCAUCGUCCGUACGGCGAGUUGCGACCACUGCCUAUCCCUCGCGCCGAAGGGAAGCGAUUGCCAUGGACAUUACCGGGCCGUUCCCCAAGCACAAGUCCGGUGUGGAUGGAAUUCUCACGGUGUCGACCGGUAGAAGUGGUCUGCCGGCACGCCGUCCAAACUCUAUGUCUCGCGCCGCGUCUAUCACCCGUGGGAGGGUAGGUCGGGGCUCCUGUAACCUGCACAAAAUAUGUCUGUCCACAUCCACAAAAACAAGUACCGUAGUCGACCGUGCUCGAUGCAAGAAGAAACUCGUGAGACACUGUAUGGCAGAAAUAAAAGAAGUGUUUGCAUUCAGUCCAAAACGAUGGGGUGAGAAACACUCGUUCCGGCCUCAGUGGUACACCUCAUCCCUGUGUCUGGAAAAUCCGUCUGAGUCCCUACAGACCUAGUGAACAAACGUCGCCAAAUCCU